GAUUAGGUCCCACAGUAACCUUGACAAAAAGCUAUUCUCCAUCAUUCAACAGAACCACCAAUUUAUGGUGAAACUCCAAUUCUAUUGUCAUUCAAAAUACCAUUGUGAUACUACAGUAUGACUCCAAGGAAUUCCAAGCCAAUGUUAUUUAGAUGGUAAUACUCCUCUGUAUUUAGCACAUCUAUGAGAGGCAAGGCUCUGUCUCUGCCAGUGACUUUGAGCCCAAAUUCAGAACUUUUGUUUUCCACAUCAGUUAACCUCCUGUUUCAACUCUGUAUUGGGAACCCAACCGACUUGUAGAUAGUGCUCUGUGAAUGGUUCAAGCUAAAUGCAGAUGAUCAGGCUGACCAGCGUUCUUGCCUCAUCUGUGGUGACCGCGCCACUGGACUGCACUAUGGCAUCAUCUCCUGCGAGGGCUGCAAGGGCUUCUUCAAGCGCAGUAUCUGCAACAAGCGCGUGUACCGCUGCAGCCGUGACAAGAACUGCGAAAUGUCGCGCAAGCAGCGGAACCGCUGCCAGUACUGCCGACUGCUCAAGUGUCUGCAGAUGGGCAUGAACCGCAAAGCAAUUAGGGAGGAUGGCAUGCCAGGAGGGAGGAACAAAAGCAUUGGGCCUGUACAGAUAACUGAUGAGGAGAUAGAAAGGAUUAUGUCAGGGCAGGAGUUCAAGGAGGAGGCCAACAUGCCAGACCACACUUGGAGCAACAAUGGCGACAGCAGUGACCACAGUUCCCCUGGCAAUGGUGUUUCCGAAGGCAACCAACCAUCUCCAGCUUCCACCUUAUCGUCCAUUCGCUCUGUAGAGAUGAAUGGCUAUACCACUGCACUAAGGGACCAGUACAUUGGCAGCGCCAUGACCACACACUACCAGUUCCUUCCGCAUCUAUUCAGCUAUGCUACCCAACCACGCAGCCUCUAUCCACAAUCCCACACCCUCAUCACCCAGCUGGUGGCUGCAGAGGAGCUAGCCCCACUGGAAACACCCAUGCUUAUCGAGGAAGGGUACAGGGUGACCCAGGUAGAGCUAUUUGCCUUGCUGUGCCGCCUGGCUGACGAGCUGCUCUUCAGGCAAAUCGCAUGGAUUAAAAAGCUCCCAUUCUUCUGCGAGCUCACCAUCGAGGACUAUACGUGCCUGCUCAGCUCCACCUGGCAGGAGCUCAUCCUGCUGGCCUGCCUGACCAUCUACAGUGCACAGGUGCUGAAGGACCUGGCCGACGUCACCACCAAGUACACGCCAACGGAUGAGGAACUUCAGGGGUUCAGCGAGGAUGGAAUGGAGGUUAUGGAGAAGCUUAUAUAUCUUUUCCGCAAGUUCCACCAACUGAAGGUCAGCAAUGAAGAAUAUGCCUGCAUGAAAGCCAUCAACUUCCUCAACCAAGAUAUCCGUGGUGUCACCAGUGUUUCCCAGUUGGAGCAGCUGAAUAAACGGUACUGGUAUGUCUGCCAGGACUACACCGAAUGCAAGUACCCGCACCAACCAAAACGCUUCCCAGAGAUCAUGAUGUGUUUGCCUGAGAUUCGCUGCAUUGCAGGGAAGUUAGUAAACGUUCCCCUGGAGCAGCUGCCCUUGCUGUUCAAAGCAGUCUUGCACUCCUGUAAGUCCAGCCUGAAUGGCACAUACCGCAGCACGGGAGCCUCCCCAUGUCCUCCUAAGGGCACUGCCCCUGCCAACUGAGGUCCCGCCAUGACACGUCCUCGAUCAGCACAAAGGCACCCUGUAGGCCUACCUCUGGGGAGACAGUGAGCGGACAGGGUCGAAGGGCGAUGACAUCCAAUGAAUGUGUAACGCAGCUAUAUGUUACUUUUGUUUCUUUAUAUAUUUAUUACCUGACAGAGCUGAAUGUAUACUGAUCCACACUGUGCAAAUGCUUCUGUUAAAACAAAUGCACAAAAAAAAUAAUAUUUCUUCGGAGUUU